CGGGGGGUGUCGAUCGAGAGGGCGUUCGAGGGGAAGAAGGUGCCGACGUGGCGGGAGCAGGUGACGGGGCGGGCGUUGGCGGUGAGCGCGGUGCUGGGGGCGAUGUUCAGCGUGAUCGUGAUGAAGCUGAACCUGACGACGGGGAUCAUCCCGUCGCUGAACGUGUCGGCGGGGCUCCUGGGCUUCUUCUUCGUGCGCGCGUGGACGAAGGCGCUCCAGCGCUGCGGCGCCCUCAAGCACCCCUUCACCCGCCAGGAGAACACCGUCAUCCAGACCUGCGUCGUCGCCUGCUCCGGCAUCGCCUUCAGCGGGGGCUUUGGAAGUUACCUCUUUGCCAUGAGUGAGACCAUUGCCAAGCAAUCGACAGAGGCAAAUGAUGCUCAGAACAUCAAGGACCCCAAGUUAGGGUGGAUGAUCGGGUUCCUCUUUGUUGUCAGCUUUCUCGGGCUGUUUUCUGUUGUACCUCUUAGAAAGAUAAUGAUAAUUGACUACAAGCUGAUCUAUCCCAGUGGCACUGCAACCGCACACCUUAUUAACAGUUUCCACACUCCUCAGGGUGCUAAACUAGCCAAGAAACAAGUGAAAACAUUGGGCAAGUUCUUUGUCAUCAGCUUCCUUUGGGGAUUCUUCCAAUGGUUUUAUACUGGCGGCGAUGAUUGUGGAUUCCUAGCCUUCCCUUCUUUAGGUCUCGAAGCCUAUCAAAACAGGUUCUAUUUUGAUUUUUCAGCCACCUAUGUAGGUGUUGGAAUGAUCUGCCCCUACCUUGUUAAUGUAUCUGUACUCUUGGGAGGCAUUCUAUCAUGGGGAAUUAUGUGGCCUCUAAUUGAAGGUAAAAAAGGCGACUGGUUCCCAGCGGAUCUUCCAUCCACCAGCCUUCAUGGUUUGCAAGGAUAUCGUGUCUUUAUAGCCAUUGCAUUGAUCCUCGGUGACGGCCUUUACAACUUCUUCAAGGUCUUGGCCCGCACGAUCUCCGCCUUUGCAUCUCAGAUCCGAAGCAAAAGCUCCACAACCACACUACCAAUCACAGACGGCAAUUCCCCAACUGCUGAUACCACGCAAAUAUCCUACGACGACCAACGCCGCACCGAGCUCUUUUUGAAGGACCAGAUUCCAAAUCUGGUUGCAUUCGGUGGCUACACCGCGAUCGCCAUAAUUUCCAUCAUAACGAUCCCCCACAUUUUUCCACAACUCAAAUGGUACUACAUCUUGGUUACCUACAUUGUUGCGCCAGUCCUCGCCUUCUGCAAUGCCUAUGGCUGUGGCCUCACUGAUUGGUCCCUUGCCUCCACCUAUGGUAAACUUGCAAUUUUCACCAUUGGGGCAUGGGCGGGCCUGUCCCAUGGUGGCGUCCUUGCGGGCCUAGCGGCCUGCGGUGUCAUGAUGAGCAUCGUCUCCACCGCUUCGGACCUCACUCAGGACUUCAAAACUGGCUACAUGACUUUGGCCUCUCCACGGUCCAUGUUUAUCAGCCAAAUGUUCGGCACCGCCAUGGGCUGUGUUAUUGCCCCGUCGGUCUUCUGGCUGUUCUACAAGGCCUUCAAGGAUAUUGGCGUGCCUGGUUCCGAGUACCCAUCCCCCAAUGCACUCGUGUACCGUAACAUGGCUAUACUCGGCGUCGAAGGGUUCUCUUCAUUGCCAAAGCACUGUCUCACCCUCUGCUUCAUCUUCUUUGCCGCUGCUAUCGUCGUCAACUUGAUACGAGAUUUAGUGCCCAAGAAGGUGUCGAGGUUUAUUCCUCUCCCCAUGGCAAUGGCGAUACCGUUCUAUCUCGGAUCGUAUUUCGCGAUCGACAUGUGUAUCGGAAGUUUGAUAUUGUUCGUGUGGGAGCGGAUCAACAAGGCGGAGGCCGAUGCGUUUGCUCCAGCUGUGGCUUCAGGAUUGAUAUGUGGCGACGGAAUUUGGACUCUGCCGCAGUCCGUGCUCGCACUUGCUCAGGUGAAGCCGCCUAUAUGUAUGAAGUUUCUGUCCAGAAGCAUGAAUUCGAAGGUGGAUGCGUACAUUGCGAAGAUAUCUUAGCUUGUUGCUGAACAAAGAAGUGUUUUAGUCUUUGUAGUUGCAAGAUGUAUCAUUGCAAUGGGGGUUAUGGAGAAGUAGAUUAGAUUUCUGAUUAGUUAGUUGCUAAGAUUUAUGUGAUAUGUUCGAAUUUCCAAGAUUUAGUGUUUUCAGAAUAAUAAAAGGAACA